AUGUAGCAGCCAAAUUUGAUGAGCCACUGGUAAGGCUCCAAAUCUCACCAACCCCAUUUUCUUCCCAUUAUUAUAUCUUUCUCCCACAGUGACCUCUCAACAAUUCGGUUCCCCGGCGGUCUCUGUCUGCGACCAACUGUUAUUAAUCCAAUGCACUCAAUUCCACCAUCAUUUGAGUAGACAUCCAUGUUUUGGGCCCCACUUGAACACAUCUGUAACCUCGGACUAGAUCUGAGGGCAGAUUUUAGACGUCCUCAUAUGGCAGAUGACAACCGUUGGAUGAAGCGAGUUCCAUAGGAGACAUAGUGGGUGUGAGCAACACUUGAACGGAAGGAGACGGAGGCCGAAAGGGGUAUGGUCCGAGCACCACCCACUGACGGUGUGGCUUUGUUGGCUGUUUGUCAAUUUGGCAGAGAAAACCCUCCUCCACCCACUACAAUCUACCAACCAUCUCUUAAAUUUUUUUUUAUAUUUUUUGCCCCUUUUGGAUUUUAUAUCUACCCACAUAUAAAGUUCUAUGCUUUUUUCAUCCCCAACAGCAAAGAUAUGUUCUUUUGGGGUCUCUGAUUUGCUUUCUUUUGAAGAACAGAAGGAAGAGUUGGGGGUUUUGUGUAAGCCAUUUCACUCUCUAGUUUUGUAUUCUUUGUAUUGUAACUUACGUAUUCAAUAGUUUUUGUCAUUGUUUUUGUGGAUUCUGUGAUGGGAUGCUUCCUCUUCUAGUGUUUGGAGAAUGUGAAUGAGAUCUAGACAGCUUGUUAGUCUUUAGUGUUUUUUCCUGCAAAAUAUUAUGUUUUUUGAUUUUUCAUUGGUGCGAUUUGCGUCUAUUGGAUGUAUUCCCCUUCUGGCAGUGUUCAUAUUGAGUUAUGCUUCUCAAAGGAAUGCAGUUGAUGUUUUAAUAGGUGAUGUCAUGUUGGAUUGUACCAUUGAAUUUGAGUUUGUUGGAAUUAUGGGUAAUUGUGAACUGGAGUCUGUCUUCGCUCUGAGCUUAUGGCAUUCAAUUUCUGCUCUUACUCCAUAUGAAAUGAUGGAUUCAAGGUUUUGAGUUUUCACGGAUGUCAUUGUCUUCCAUUUUACUAAUCUGUGUUUGUGUGCUAUCUCUUUCAUUGCCAAUUUGACCAUUUGAGCAUAAAGACCAUGUGACUUGCAAUUUUGUAUUUCAGUACAAUGAUGCCCUCUUGUUCAAAAAAGAACUUCUCAUUUUCCAUAGUAGUGAUAUUGCUAGUUGUUAAUUUUCUCCAAAUUCCUAAUGCGUUUUGUAUUUCAGUUUCAUGAGAAUGAUGCCCUCUUGCUCAAAAAAGAACUUCUCAUUUCCCUUAGUACUGAUAUUGCUAGUUGUUAGUUUUCUCCAAAUUCCUAUUGCAUUUGCUUUUGCUCACUAAUAACUGGCACAAUUUUGA